AUGGAGCGCUCCCAGAAUAUAGCCUCUCAAGCAUGUGUCGCCUGCAAAAGACAAAAACGAAGAUGUGACAAACGGUUACCCCAGUGUAGCCUGUGCCUCCGCACCAGCCGCACGUGCGACUAUGCUGAUACCCCAAAGCCGCCCCCGACUGCGGCCGACCUCGAAACCCUUCAAGCAAGGCUAACCGAACUGGAAGAAAGACUUGGAAGCAUCACCGAGCCAGAUUCUCUGUCUGCUACAGCUGGCAUUUCGAGCUCAAGCAGCCUUGCCACUGAACCUAUCGGACCCAACCGAGAACCUACUAGCUUUCCGUCAGCUUUGUUUUUGGAUAUAGACUGCUAUAAAUGGUCCAAUAUGCAACUCCCAAGGCCAGCUGCCAAUAUUCCGAUGGAUAUACUCUCCAUCCUUAAUCAGCCCAAUUUCGUUAUGGACACAACUUCGCUUUACUUCGAUACAAUCCAUCCGUGGGUGCCAAUCGUUUCGAAGAAGCGACUGGACCUCGGCAUCUCGCUGAAGGACGGUGGGCCAGACAUUGCGCUGCUUUUCCUCGCAAUGAAGCUAAUCACCCUCCCACCACCGCCUGCUCCGGAGAUAACCGGUGAACUUUAUUCGUCUGCGAAAGGUUUCUUGGCGACCUUAGAAGCCAGUGGAGCUGUGUCAUUUAUCUACCUACAGGCUAUGACUUUGAUAGCCUUGUACGAGUACGGUCACUCCAUCUAUCCGGCGGCUUGGAUGACCGUAGGAGCAUGUGCCCGACUCACCGAGCUACUUGGUAUUACACCUGGUAAAGAUACGAUGAAAAUUAUGAGUCCCGCUACGACUUGGACAGAGCUGGAGGAGAGAAGACGUGUGUGGUGGGCUAUAUACAUCCUGGAUCGCACAAUCUCCCUAGGCAGCCGAAGGAGGUUUUGCCUCCCAGAACCUGCAGAUACAGAUGUCCUCCCCGUGGAUGAUGACGCAUGGGAUCUGGGUGAUGUAGCCAACAUAAUAUAUUAUCAGGUUACAACACCCCUUUUAACUCCUAUGUCGCCCUUCUCUCGCCUCUGUCAGUCGGCCAUGUUCAUUAGUCGCGUUGCCGCACACCGCAGCGAUUCGCCAGCAGGCCUUGCAGGCCAUAUCACUUCUGUUCUUAGCCUUACCGAGGACCUGAACACCUUCAGCUUCAUUCUCGCCGAAGAGAUGGACUCUUCCCCCACGAACGGAUAUAUUAGACUCCUUGCUCCUCGGUGUCUGACAUGGUCGGCCCUCUUUUUGCUGCUCGACAACUACUGCUGCCCAGAAAAACUUAGUAAUGAACCAGGUUAUACUACCUCCGGCGACGUUAAAGGACCGGACGAACUCGCCGCCCAGGUCCAGGCUACCCUGGUAGUGCGGAAUAUCAGCAACCAGGCGCACAGAACAACCACGGAUAUUAUGGAUUUUGUGACUAAUCAACGUAACGAUCAAAUGGGGAGAUUGAGCCCGUUACUACUGGAUGCACUGUACUGCUCCAUGGUGACAUUCCAAUGGGUCUAUCGCGAAGGCGCCGACGAAGAAGCCAAGGGCCUACUAGCGGAUGUAGAGGCUUGCAUGGGGAGGUUGAGUCAACGGUGGAAGUUGGCGUCUGAGUAUCUUGCUCUCAACGAGAUUUAUCGUGGAGCUGCAAAGUAA